AUGUACCUGGGGAUCCAAAGCCAGAGGCAAAAGGAACACCAGCGGCGCUUUUACUGGGCUAUGAUGUACGAGUAUGCAGACGUCAACAUGUUGCGCCUCUUGGAGACUUUCCUCGAGAGCGCCCCACAAUUGGUGCUACAGCUCUGCAUAAUGAUCCAAAAGAACCGUGCAGAAACCUUACCAUGUAAGUUGCCCCACCUGGGUGGGGAGAGACACUGUGUACGGGGAGUGGGGAUACACCUCCAUGUCGGCAGUGACUGCUCCCCUUGAUCCAUCGCCAGGCCCUUGAUCCAUCGCCAUGUCGGCAGUGACUGCUCCCCUUGAUCCAUCGCCAGAUAGCAAACAAAGCCCUGCCUUCUUUGUGGCACAGCCUCUGCCCAUUUCCGCUCGCUGUGUUUCCUGUGGGAGAUGGGCCAAUUGAGGGGCCAAUUGAGGCACAAAUGCCGUGCCCAUUGCCCGCUUUCAGUGUGGCUUUGGGCUCCAGUUACCAAACCUUUCGAAGCCACUGUCCCCUCGGUUCCAUAAACUCCUCCCCAUUGCCCCUUACCCUGCCCUACAGAAAGCAUUAUUCAGAUGAGCGGUUUUCACGACCCACUGAUAACACGAUAAAAUUCAAAACAGCGACAAUUAAUUGCACGUUGGUGCAAAACCCAGUUGAAACUUGUUUUGUUUAAUUACGGUAUUUUUUGCUCUAUAGGAUGCACCCGACCAUAGGACGCACCUUGUUUUAGAGGGGGAGAACAAGAAAAAAAAAUUCUCCCCCUCUCUGCCCCUUCCAUUUCUCCUCCCACUUCGCUGAAGCGGCGCUGCGCAGAGAGGGAAAGCUGUGCAGCGCCUCUCCAGCGAAGCGAAGCCAGGAGAGAAAGAGGGAUUGGUGCACACUGAUCCCUUUCACUCUCCAGGCUUCAGUGAAGGCAACCCGAAGCCUCUGGAGCGCAGCGGGAGCUCCUGCUGCGCUCUAGAGGCUUCAGGUAGCUAUCCCUGAAGCCAAGUAGCCUGCAUUUGCUCCAUAAGACGCACACACAUUUCCCCUUAAUUUUUGAAGGGGAAAAAGUGCGUCUUAUAGAGCGAAAAAUACGGUACUUCAAUGAGAUUGAUUGACUUGAUCCAGUGAUACCAGUUGUUCAAAGUCUGAUAUUCAUUGGCAAGUCCAGUGCCGCCGCCACCCCACAGCCGCCCCCUUGCCCCUAAGCACUGCCACCACCACCCGGCAGGUGAUCCUAGUGCCAUGGCUUUGGGAACCAUGGCUCAGAAGCAUACUCAAGACUUGGAAAACCACAAUCAAUGUAACCGAUGGCAAUGAUACCAUUACAGAAGGGAGGAGAUUGUACUGUAGCUAACUCUGAUGGAGUUCAGUGGAUGAUGGACCAUUAGAGUGAAUGGGACACUGCCCCACCAACUUCCAUCUGUCCUCAGCUAGCUCCCACCUGCCUGCCUUCUUACAGCUAUUCCAGGGGUUGGCACUGCCCGCUGGCAUAGUCUCAAUGCUGCCGUUGUAGAAAUCAGCAGGAAGAAGGAUGAGGAUGCCUGUCUUUGGCCCUCUGCCUCCACUUGCUGCCUUCCAAUCUUAGCAUUACUCCCUUCACAUUUUGCACUAGUAUCAUUAUCAAAUUACCCUUUUAAUUUUGUUGGUGCUAGCCAGCGACAGACCAAAAUUUGUGUGCGUGCACACAUACACCACUCUUUCACACGCAAGCCAUAAAUCACACUAACAUCUGUGCGAAGUCAGAGAUUGUGUUCCUCCGUAGCUCAGUCAGUAGAGGAUGAGUCUCUUAAUCUCAGGGUCAUGGGUUGGAGCCUCAUGUUGGGCAAAAGAUUCCUGCAUUGCAGGGGGUCUGACUAGGUGAUCCUUGUGGUCCCUUCUGUGAUUCCUCCAGAAAUUUUUACUGAUGAAGAUUGAAGGAGCAAUGCUCUUUAGGAGCAAUCCCUCGUGAGUCUGCCGGGGGGUCUAGUGGGAACCUGUUCUUCCACCAUUCAAUGCUAGAGGGCCUAUCUUUGCUUGCAGAAGGUCCCAGGUUCAAUCCUGGGCAUGUCCAGUUUAAAAGGGUCAGGUAACAGGUGAUUUAAAGGGACACGGGUGGCGCUGUGGGUUAAACCACAAGGCCUAGGACUUAGAAUCAUAGAAUCAUAGAGUUGGAAUAGACCACAAGGGCCAUCGAGUCCAACCCCCUGCCAAGCAGGAAACACCAUCAGAGCACUCCUGACAUAUGGUUGUCAAGCCUCUGCUUAAAGACCUCCAAAGAAGGAGACUCCACCACACUCCUUGGCAGCAAAUUCCACUGUCGAACAGCUCUUACUGUCAGGAAGUUCUUGCCAAUCAGAAGGUCAGCGGUUCGAAUCCCUGCGACGGAGUGAGCUCCCGUUGCUCAGUCCCUGCUCAUGCUAACCUAGCAGUUUGAAAGCACAUCAAAGUGCAAGUAGAUAAAUAGGUACCGCUCCGGCGGGAAGGUAAACGGCGUUUCCGUGCGCUGCUCUGGUUCGCCAGAAGCGGCUUAGUCAUGCUGGCCACAUGACCCAGAAGCUGUACGCCAGCUCCCUCGGCCAAUAAAGCGAGAUGAGCGCCACAACCCCAGAGUCAGUCACGACUGGACCUAAUGGUGAGGGGUCCCUUUACCUUUAACAGGUGAUUUAGAAAGUUCCCAAAUAGACAACAGCCAUGCUAGACUUGACAGAGCAAUUGCUUGACUACAGCUUCUCUGUGUACUUGUGGGGUGCUCUGCAUGAGCAGAUGGGCCACACCUUGCAAAGGCCAUUUCGGAGGAAUAUGAAUAUUCCAGGAGCUUUGGACUGCAACAGAAUGAACACUCUGGGCACCACAUUAGCAACCCCUGUCUUAGAGCUUUGCUGGGAAUAAUCAGAACACCAGAGUAGCAAAGCCAAUUUAAGGUGGCCUUCCAGACAUCAUCAGUCAUGUCAAAUGUUGCACAAUCCCCACCUUCCUAGGUCUUCUGACAACGGAUGCUUCAAAUAUUGGGAGCUUCUGACAAUGGAUGCUUCAGGCUGAGCUAUCAGCCUAGAUACGCCGGCUCCCUCAGCCUGAAAGCGAGAUGAGUGCCACAACCCCAUAGUCGCCUUUGACUGGACUUAACCGUCCGGGGUCCUUUACCUUUACCUAUAGAAGUCCAAUGAGCCAUAUUCAGACCACCAGUUCUUAUAUCCCAGCCAAGCUUUUUACACAUGAACUCCUAGAAGGUGAGCUGUCAUGUCGACGAGUCUGGCAAGCGAGAUGCAGCUCAUAGGCUUCACCUGUUCAUGGGCAGUUUUAAUUAACUUGGUCCCUUCUGAUUUCACAGUACCAUGAUCAGUUUUUAAAAUCAGUGCUAUUAUUUCAUUAGCAAACAAAACUAGCACAGUUUUCCAACAAUUCAAAGAUAGCCGAGAGCAAUUGAGCAUGGUCAGGUGUAAAAUAAGGAGACAAAAGAUAUAUAUAAAUAAGUAUUAAAAGAAACUUGCACAAAAGAGGCAAUAUGGCAGUCUUCUAAGAUAAGACAUAAACAGCACAUCAAAAACUCAUAUAAUCAUAUAGCGGCAGAUGAAAUCAUAUUCCGAUGGAAUUUGCCACCCAUGUGACUGAGUUGUUAAAUAAGCUAAAUGUCAGGGAACUGACAUCGGAGCCUUAGGCGGAGGGAAGGCUCUCAAAUGAUGCUGGAGAAGGGCCAAGCAGGGAGAGAGGCAGUUCAGCAGAGGGGGAAGCAAAUCAACGUUACACCAGGGAUAAAGGGGGGCAGAUGGGGGAAUCGGCGAGAGGGCUCCAGGACUCUUCACUGGACACCAGCGGGGAGAGCACGGGUCCUCCGCUACCCACGCCCUCCCUGCGCAGAAGACUUCCACGCAGGGAGAGUAGGAGGAGACUGGGCGUCAAACAACUUUUAUGUUGGAAGAGGUUUAAGAAACGCCCACUGACGGAUUCUGCUAGCGACUGAGGCAGCCACGAAUUGAAGGGCUGUCCAGACAGAAAGGUUUAACAAGGCAACAUAGCCAGGAGAGGCGGCAACUUACGCACGAGCAACCCCAUACCCAUUAUACUAAACAACAAUAACAGUCCAAUGGGUCCACGUCCCCUCUUUAGAACCCGGAGUUAGUGGGUUAGUUUCUCCAAGGUGGCUAUAAAUAAGGCUUUCUUAAACCAGUUCACAACAGAGCACAGUGGUACCUUGGUACUCGAACAGCUUGGCUCCUGAACAAAUCGGCUCCCAAACUCCGCAAACACGGAAGUGAGUAUUCUGGUUUGUGAACAUUUUUCAGAAGCCGAAUGUCCGACAUGGCUUCCAUGGCUUCCAAUUGAGUGCAGGAAGCUCCGGCAGCCAUUCGGAAGCCGCACCUCAGUUUUUGAACAGUUCUGGGAGUUGAACAGACUCCCAAAACAGAUUAAGUUUGAGAACCAAGGUACCACUAUACACAGAAGUCUCCCACCAGGGAAUUGUUGGUGGACAGUGAGCCUCAUCGCCAUGCACAUCCAUGCAGAUGGUGGCCUGGACGUAUUGCAGCGCAGGCAUGCUCCCGUAGGAAGUCCUGCUUAUUUUACUCUCUCUUCUCUUCCUCCUCUAGAUCUUUCUCGCUACCCCGACCCGCAUUGUAAACAUGCUCCACACCUGCCCCCCAGGGGGACGAUGAUGUGGGCCACUGCGUCCCUUUUGCCCCGUUUAACUCUGUGGGUUUGUGUGUGUGUGUUCUCCCGGCAGGUGUGUCCUCUGUCGCCUCCCUGAUGUCCCUGGCUUGGGUGCUAGCCUCGUAUCAUAAGCUUCUCCGGGACUCUAGGGAUGACAAGAAGAGCAUGAGCUACCGAGGGGCCCUUAUCCAUCUCUUCUGGCGUCUCUUCACCAUCUCAUCCAGAGUGAUCUCUUUUGCCCUCUUUGCUUCCAUCUUCCAGCUCUAUUUUGGGAUCUUUCUGGUGGUCCACUGGUGCGCCAUGGCUUUCUGGAUCAUCCAUGGCGGGACAGACUUCUGCAUGUCUAAAUGGGAGGAGAUUCUCUUCAACAUGGUGGUAGGAAUUGUGUACAUUUUUUGCUGGUUUAAUGUCAAGGAAGGGCGGACCCGAUACCGAAUGUUUGCCUAUUACACUGUAGUCUUGACGGAGAAUGCUGCCUUGACGCUCCUUUGGUAUUAUUACAGAGACCCCGACACCACUGACUCGUACGCUGUGCCAGCACUCUGUUGCGUCUUUCUUAGCUUCGCCGCCGGGGUAGCACUGAUGCUCUUGUACUACGGCAUCCUGCAUCCCAUGGGGCCAAGAGCUAAGAUCUUUGCCAGCUCCUGUUGCGCCGAACUGCUCUGGGGCAUUCCUUUGCCCCCUGACGUUGAACCCAUGGCUCCCCAGACCCCAGGGUACAGGGCGGCCCAGGCAACGCCCACCAGAGCGGCCACGGAGCAACAGGAGGAACUCACGGCUGAGACUUGCUUGCCAGUUUUCCAAGUGAGAGCGAUGGUACCCUCGACUCCGUCCGGGAGGCCCUACCACCCAGAAGGCCCUCUCAUUAAGAUAGACAUCCCAAGGAAGAGGUACCCGGCUUGGGACGCCCAUUUUGUAGACAGGAGAUUAAGAAGGACUAUAAACAUUCUACAGUACGUCACCCCGACCGCCGUAGGGAUUAGAUAUCGAGACGGACCUCUCUUGUAUGAAUUGCUACAGUACGAAUCUUCACUUUAA